ACUGUCAUCGCGAAUUAAAUUCGACGCUGGCUUUGUUUACAAUCAAAAUUUGAAAAAUCUACCAGAGAAUUUCCACAAAUUAGCACAUCGAAACGAUAUUGAAACGCACGGUGGUAGAGCAAAUACGAUGGGCGGGUGUCGGUGUACCUUUCGUAACUGCGAGAACAGUACCGCCUCACGCCCAGGGAUGCAUUUCUUUCACUACCCCAUCCGGGAUUGGCCACGUCUGGAGAAAUGGGCAGCUUUCGCAAACAAGGUGGCCUUCAAGGAGUUGCCGCUUGCUAAACUCAAGAACAAAGUUGUGUGUGAGGAACACUUCAAGAAUUCUAUGUUUAUGAACUAUCUCAAGGAGAGUCUAACGAAAACUGCCGUUCCGACGCUGGAUGUGCUGGCCGGUGAAAGGGUGCUUGACCUUGAAACAAACGCGGCAGUGCCCCGGGAGGAGUGGAUUGUUCCCGAGAAGGAAUCCAAAGAACCAGAGCCGGUGCUUGUUUCGCUAGAUUCCGAUAACACUAGGAUGCAGAUAAAAUUUUUGGACGAAGAUGAGCCUGUUCAAGAGCAAAAACCGGUGCGUAAUAAUAACACCGUCAUACUCAACAAAGAACCCGAGUUCGUAGCAGUAAACGCACCGUCCACCGCAAUUCUUCGGAAAGUAGUAAUCAAGCGGAAAAAUCCUCCAUCGAACGGAGAAGUGCCCAGCGGGUCCAAAAUGCAGAUUCUUUCUAUUGAAAAAUUGCCCAAAAAGGCCACGAUAGUAGAGACGGUAUCGGAAGAGACUCCAGCGCUCGCUACACCAUCAUCUUCAACGGACAUUACAAUCAACAAACCACCAUUAAUUAUCCAGCCAGAGCCAGUCGUCAUUCCACAACCUUCAGCACCUGUAAUCGAUCCUGCUCUGAUGGAAAAACUUACCCAAAAUUCCAACGAGAUCGCCGAACUGAAAAAUCUUGUUGUGGAGGCACUUAACAAGCCACCAAUCGAACCUAAGGUUAUCACAGUGCCCGUACCAACGCCCGUAGUUUCACCGGCCGAAUGUUUAUCGCUAAAACUCGAGAAAGGUCUUCCCAUGAAUAAAGUCCAGCUGUUCAACGGCAUCAAACGGUACCUAAAUCCGACAAUGGUUGCCUUACUGCGGAUGGAAAUGUUUGGCGGCUCGGCGGAGCGGCAGUGGAAGACUGACGAGAAAAGUUUAGCUGUGGAACUACUUUCGCUGGGGGAGAACGUAUACGAUCACUUUUGUGACGAGUUCCGUUUCCGGCUGCCACAGAAAAGAGACGUCCAGAAAUGGAAAGACGAGGAGCUGAAUGAUGAUGACGCAUCGUGAAGUAAGUAUGCAAUAUGAGUAUUGAAUUUUAUCUUAAAUGCACUGCUAUAAUGACGAAUCAAAAAUAAAGUUUUAUUGGAGGACUCAU